UUCAACCAAGAUUACAUAUGAAGACUACAUUCUAUGACAGAUCAGACGUGACCCGUCGAGUAAUUGGUCCACGUGCAGUUCGUUUUUUACAUUCCGUGGAAGCUUGGUUGCAGAACCUCGGACGGCACAUAGCCGGCGUCGAUCCUUGGACAGUCCAGGUAUCUACUGCUGUCGUUGAGCCAUACAACUCAAUCCUGAUGACACACAGCAACAUGGAAUAUUCAGAUUGUUCCUUCAUGGUAGAUAAUGAAGCUAUCUAUGACAUCUGUCGACAGAAAUUGGACAUAGACAGACCAACAUAUAAAAAUUUAAAUCGUCUCAUCAGUCAAGUGGUGUCUUCAGUAACAGCUUCUCUACGCUUUGAUGGUGCACUUAAUGUUGACCUAAAUGAAUUCCAGACCAACUUGGUGCCAUAUCCACGUAUCCACUUUCCACUAACAGCAUAUGCACCUGUACUGUGUACUCAUAAGUCAUUCCACGGUGGAAUGACAGUUCCUGAGAUAACUGCAGAGUGUUUUGAGCCUGACAAUCAGAUGGUUAAAUGCAAUCCUCGCAAUGGAAAAUACAUGGCAUGCUGCUUGCUCUAUAGAGGGGAUGUUGUACCCAAGGAUGUGAAUGCUUCUAUUGAAAUGCUCAAAUCAAGGACUGGUAUUCAGUUUGUUAAAUGGAGCCCAACUGGAUUCAAGAUUGGCAUCAACUAUCAGCCUCCAACAGCAGUGCCAGGAGCUGAUCUUGCACAAGUUCAAAGAGCUGUUUCUCUACUAAGUAACACAACUGCUAUAGCAGAAGCUUGGGCAAAGUUGAAUCACAAAUUUGACUUGAUGUACAACAGACGUGCUUUUGUUCACUGGUAUGUUGCAGAAGGAAUGGAAGAGGGUGAAUUUGGUGAAGCUCGUGAAGAUCUAGCAGCACUUGAAAGGGAUUAUGCAGAAGUAGCUAAUGAUUCAUCUGAUAAUAUGUUAGAAGAAUUUUAG